AAAUGUAACUGGAAGUUGGAGUGAUGUACACGAAGCCAAACGUGUCGCUGUCAUGGCCUCACUUGUGCCGGAUGAAAUAAUUUAUAAGCAUUCUGACUACACAGUCCGAUGUUACGAAACGGCCCUUAUGUUUAUAGAUGUUUCUGGAUUUACUGAUCUUUGCGAGACUUACACCAAGGCUGGCCAGGGUGGUCCAUCACGUUUAACCCAAGUACUAAACUUGUAUAUCGGGGCCAUGGUCCAAGAAAUACUCACUCAUAAAGGGGACGUUUUGAAAUUUUCUGGCGAUGCAUUUCUUUGUAUGUGGAAAAAAUCUCCCAAGCUGAAUAUGCAAGAUGUGGUCCAUACAGCAAUUGAUUGCGGAUUAUUGAUACAAAAAAAUUACGGACGAUAUAUAACUGAUGUUGGCGUGAUUUUAAAAGUAAAAAUUGCGAUCUCGGCUGGUCUAUCCCAUUUCUCAAUCAUCGGUGGGCAUGAGCAGUGUCAAUCCCACUACGUAAUCGUGGGCCAACCUGUUUGGGACGUUAAGAUGGCCGAGUAUAUGAGCACCGCGGGAGAUGUCCUUACUUCCGCAAGUGCUUGGAUGUAUGUAAACGAAUCAGAGUAUUGUACCCAGCCUUGCGGGGAUGGGAGACAUACAAAGGUUUUAGGUGUUGGGGCCACUUGGAAACGAGUACAAAAGUUACAUUCGUCCGUUAGUAUGAAUCCCGAUCCGGAGUUAAUAAAGCCACCAUAUUCAGAAUAUCCUCAAAUGGAGGGAAAUUCUUUGACCGGAAUUAACUACAGAGAGUUUUCACGUAAGAAUAGUUUCUACACAAUUACUAAAGUUUUACUACCUGUGAGACCAGCUGUCAUAACAGCGAUGCGAAGUGAUUGGUGGGCGGCGCUACGUCGAUACAUGGUCCCACCGAUAAUAAGGGCUGUGGACAAUGACGAGCCCAUGGACUUCCUCACAGAGAUACGGCACGUGGUCGUAGUCUUCUUGAACAUAAUUACACGGACGGUCACUGAGGACGUGCUCAUUGAAGUCGUUGAUAAUGCUUAUAAAAUUGUUUGUUGCGUUACAUCGAAAACUGGCGGACUAGUUAACAAAGUGUCGAUGUUCGAUAAGGACAUGAUGUUCUUAAUGGUUUUCGGAUUGCGAGGUCUGAAGCAUGAGGACGAGGCGCAAAACGCUUUACUUUGCGCCAACAAACUGAAGGAAUAUCUUAACGAUGUUAAUAUUACAAUCGUCAGCAUUGGAGUCACGUCGGGUUCUACAUAUUGUGGUGUUGUGGGGCAUGUGUUACGACGAGAAUAUACAGUUAUUGGUUCCGCAGUUAAUAAGGCAGCAAGAUUAAUGAUGGCAUAUCCCAAUAAAGUGACAUGUGAUAAAGAGACGUUUUUGCGGAGCAAACUCGAUCAAAAUUUCUUUAAAUUGAUGGAAGCAAAAAUUUUAAAAGGAUUUUCCAAUCCUGGGCCAAUUUAUGAAUUUAAUCGGACUAGAAUAAGUUAUUCACAUCCAAUUCUGGGGCGUGAAGAAGAACUUCAGGUUUAUCAAACAACGCUUAUGUCAGCGAUUGAACAAUACUCAAGGAAAUUUACACGAUAUAGAGAUCAUAAGUUUGGAGUAGCAAUUAUUGGCUCGAGAUUGUCCGGCAAAACCCGUUUAAUGGUUGAAUGUAUAAACAUCACACCAAAAUAUAUUGAAGUGGAUCAUAUUAUAUUAACGGAGAAGGAUAGUAAGCAAUUUAAAGUAAUCAGACUAAUCAUGGGUAGACUGUUCAAGGGCAUAGGACAGUCUUCCCGCGAAAAUCGAGAAAGCAGAAUUCGAUACACAGUUGACAUGACUUCACUAACACCGUUGGAAAUAUAUGCAGUAAAUACUAUAUUCGACUGCCGCUUUCCCCUUCCGGAGCAUUUUGAAUACCAUGGCGAUAUCCUAGAGGAAUAUCAAGUGAAAGUUCUUAUGCAAAAUAUUUUUGAAUCGAGUUUUAAAGAGUUUCGAGUUAUUGCUAUCGGAGAGGCUCAACGUAUCGAUGACGAUUCCUGGAAAUUAAUCAUCUUAAUGCUCCAAAAUAAAAUAAUUUUCCUUCUCUUAACAACAAAUAGUACAAUGCUUGUUCACACGUUUUUUUUAGCGUUUAGCAGCAAUUCACUAUCAAAUCAUAUGAUUGUGAAAGUGCAUAUAGCGGGCAUUGACCGACGCUAUCUGUCUGCACUAGCGUGUCAAUUGUUGGAUGUUCAGGCUGUACCUUCGGAAUUGGAUAAAGUAAUUGAAAGCGCGAGUGACGGUUUACCAGGAUGGAUACAGAACUUUCUCAUAUGCCUAGUGCAGAGGGAACAAUUAACAAUGGUCACUGUACCCAGGUCGCAGGCGUUAGACACAGGAGCACUUAUACCACCCUCUACUCUAUUAAAGAAGUCUGAAAAUAAACAGAGCAUCACGUCAGAAAGCUUUCUUUUAGGUAGUAAAUAUUACAAAAAGAGCGAUAUAAGCAUAUCAGAUGAACACCAGAAUGAUAUUAUCCAAAUGGCAGUUUUGUCCAAGUAUUACAACUUCGAAGAUGUGAAGGUUGACAUGAAGAUGGAUGUGUUAAUAUUGAAAACAUACGAUUCAUUGACACCAUUUGAAAAGAUGCUCUUGAAAUGUGCGUCCGUUCUCGGCGAUACAUUUUCCAGAAGAAUGCUGAUUCAUCUAAUGCAGUGUGAUUCUCAAAGAAAAAUUGCUCAAGCCGUUGCAAAAUUAUUUUCGAUAAGGGUGUUAGAAUGUGAAGGGGGCGACUUUACACGUGACUAUUCGAGAGUGCUGGUCCACUCGGCGCCGAUACGAAGAGAUGCUUCGCUGCCUUUCUGUUUCUGUAUGGGGAUUAAACCGCUGCCCAAUUGUGGGGACUUGCCUUUGUACGCUUUCUGUGGAUACAUGAAGUUUCGGCACACGCUUUUCCGAACAACUACGUAUGACUUGCUCACAGAAUGUCAGAAGGGCGAAAUGCAUACACGCGCGCUCUUAUAUUUAGAGAGAUACACAAGAAAAUGUGUCACGUGUGGUGCUGGUUGCUUUUCUCAGCUCUUUGGACUUAGGUGUGAUGACGGUUUAAAGAAAGAGAGCGACGAGCUAAAACUUACUCAUGAACAAAUUCGAACAAUGAAUGCUGAAACAAAAAUAUCAGAGGGAAAUAUUUAUGCGGCUCUGGAAAAUAUUACCGAUAUUGGUUCAUGUAGUCGUCGAAAUUCAGACAAACUCACAGCUUCUGAAGCUGAUAUGAGACGUGUGAGUCGAUCGAUGCAAAACAGGAAAGACACAAAAAUCCCAUCAUUCUCAUCGGUUGAUUUGAAUUCUUGUGAAUGUAUGCCUAUAUUAUUGGCGGCGUAUUCACAAGCGAUUGGCCAUUGUCAAUGGGCGGGAGAUCAUGAGAAAUUAUUCGAUACGUACUUGGAGUACGCAGAUUUAAGCAUUUUGAACAAUAACACUCCCCGAGCUAUUCACCUUCUGUCUGAAGUGGAAACUAUAUUUAAAGGCAAUCGUAAUUUAAAAGAGACUAGCGCUAAAUGGGUAUACGAUUCCAAAUUGGCCCGAAUAUAUUCGCUUCGAGGCGCUUGCCUUCUGGAGUGCGGCGAUGUGAAGCAAGCCAGAGAGAAUUUGUUUGAAGCUAUGAAACUCUUUAGCGACCCAUUUCCUGAAUCAGCAAACUCUAUCAAAUUACAAAACUGUAAGAAAUCAUUUAGUCAAUUAAUGGCUUUAUAUUUCGCGCCCCAAAUGUACAUUGCUAUUGAAAGCGGACUUGUGGGAGACUUUUACGACAAGAUUACUCUAACUCUCAAUAGACUAUUUAAACUUUUUACGGUGUGUAAAGAAAUGUCAAACGCAUCGUUAGCAGCUAAAUGGUCGUUAAACUAUGCAUUAAAAACUGACUCCAAUUUUCGACUUAUGUGCAUGAGCUAUGGAAACAUGAUCAGUGUGUAUAGACAAAUGAAAAAGUUUAGACUAUGUCAUCGAUUAGAAACAAAAGCGCGGGAGAUGUGUCAACGGAAACGUGGUCGUGUGGACCUCAUGGAAGUCUAUGCAGUUGGACAUCUUUAUACAAAUAUAUUUUUGUACAAUGUACAACGUGGAAAUAAAAUAAUCAGUCUGGAAUUUGGUCUUUCCGUAAUGCGAAUUAUGACAAGUCUAUCCGACGUGCGCACGCGGGAAUCGCUCAUUUUCUGGAUCCUUGAGCUUCUGCUCACUGAGCUGCGCGUUCAGCAAAUGGUGUCGAUAAUGAAAGAGUUUAUUUAUUUGAACGAGCAUUAUGAUGUGAGCUCGGAAGCUUGGUACUACUACUACGCGAUGGCUAUAUACCUGGAUACUGGAUUUUGCGUUGAAUCUUACAGAGCCUGUGAAACAUUUUAUAUGGAGAAAGGCGAGAUGUUCCUCAGAUCCAAGACUCCGGAGGCCGCAUGGAACUUUUUCGCCUGCAUGUGGCUUUUUACAAUGAGAGUGGGAUUAUGGGAAAAGAGCAUUAUGUGGAAUGAGAAAAUUGAACAAAUCCGACACAUUGAAAGCGUAAAUCACGAAUAUUAUACCUCACUUAUGUUAAGACUUGUAGAGGGUUAUUUAAUCGAUUUAGUGAGAGAGUUAAAUAACAGAAAUAUAAAAAAUAUUAUUAACAUAGUGAAGUUAUUGAAGAAUUUAUUUGCCGAGUUGGAUGUGGCUAGUAAACACAUUCCUAUUUUUCGUUCAAGGUACUACUUAUUCAGUGCCUAUUAUCACUAUAUAAGGCGAAAGAAACAUCGCGCAUUUGGUAUUUUAAACAAAGCGACCCAAUGUGCAAAGAAGUAUUCAGAUAAAUUAAUGAUUAUAUGGAUCGAACAUAACAGGCUUUAUUGGAAGCGUUCGUUAAAUCCGAGACUUGAAAAUUAUUGGGCUGAACAUGUUGAAUCUGAUACUCUUUUGAGCUACAAAUCUUUCGACGCAGAAAUGGGCAGAAAAAUUAUUCCAUACACAUUACCACUACCAAAAAUAUUCUAAAUUUUUAUGUUAGUUGCUUUUUCUAACUUAAUU